AUUGCAGACAAAAUGCGCCUGCCCAUAUUUUCAGGACAAAAUUCGUCUCAUCCAUCUAAACUACAAGAGAAAAUAAUAAAAUGAAAACUUAUUUAUUAUUAUAAUAAUGAAAAUGAAGGCACAUCAAAAGAUAAGAAAUUUAUAUAAAAACAAAAUUCAGAAAAAAUGCAUUCACCCACCUGUCUUUGUUGCUCACUCUCAAAAAUUUAAAAACUGUUAUAAUCUUUCUCCCCACCAUUGCACUCAACUUGAAACAUAAACAAAUACUUAUAAACAACCAUAUCUAAAAUUCCAUUUCUCUCCCCUUCAAAAACAUCAUGGCCUAGCUGUUUCUUGGAUCAAGAGAUUCUGGCUAAUUUUUAAUUCAUUCAUAACUCUUUUAUUUUGAAGUAACCCACAAGACAUGAUUUGGUUCCUUCUUGUUGUUCCUCCCUAGGCUCAAAAAUCAAUCAAACCUUUUUUUUUUCCUUCUACUUGUAACUUGUGUGCUCUUUCAUUGGAGUUUGUAGCAGCAUAGUUGUAAUGCCUGUAAAUCAAUGGACCCUUUUUUUCUUAUUCUUUUUCCUUUUACUUCCACACCAUUCUUUUCUAUCUUUUGCAGUAAACCCACAAGGGGAAGCUCUUCUUUCAUGGAAGAGAACCUUGAAUGGAUCCUUGGAGAUAUUGAGUAAUUGGGACCCAAUUCAAGAUACACCAUGUAGCUGGUAUGGAGUGAGUUGCAACAUGAAGAACCAAGUAGUACAAUUGGAUCUGAGAUAUGUGGAUUUGCUUGGAAAACUUCCAACAAAUUUCACUUCAUUGUUCUCCAUGACUAGUCUUAUCUUAACCGGAACGAAUCUCACUGGUUCGAUCCCAAAAGAAUUAGGCAAUCUUUUUGAACUCAGCUACUUGGACUUGAGUGACAAUGCAUUGAGUGGCGAAAUCCCGAGUGAGCUUUGUUACUUGCCUAAACUCGAGGAACUUCAUCUGAACUCGAAUGAGCUUGUAGGGUCGAUACCAAUAGCAAUUGGGAGCCUCACAAAGUUAACAAAGCUGAUCUUAUAUGACAAUCAGCUUAGUGGAAAAAUUCCGAACACAAUCGGUAACAUGAAGAAUCUUCGAGUGAUAAGAGCUGGUGGAAACAAGAAUCUAGAAGGACCUAUACCACAAGAAAUUGGAAACUGUUCCAAUUUGAUCAUGUUGGGAUUAGCAGAAACAAGCAUCUCUGGUUUCAUUCCACCAACAAUUGGACUAUUGAAGAAACUUGAAACAUUGGCAAUUUACACAUCACUCCUCUCUGGCCAAAUUCCACCCGAAAUUGGUGACUGCACAAAUCUUGAAAACAUUUACCUUUAUGAAAACUCACUCACAGGUUCCAUUCCAACCAAAUUAGGAAACCUUAACAAUCUCAAAAACCUGUUACUCUGGCAGAACAACUUAGUUGGCACCAUUCCCCAAGAGAUUGGGAAUUGUAACCAAUUAUCAGUGAUCGACGCGUCAAUGAAUUCAAUAACAGGAAACAUUCCAAAAACCUUUGGAAAUUUAACUUUGCUAGAAGAACUUCAACUGAGUGUGAACCAAAUCUCUGGCGAAAUUCCUGCAGAAUUAGGCAACUGUCAUCAACUAACUCACGUGGAGCUCGAUAACAACCUGAUAACCGGUACAAUACCUUCCGAAUUAGGUAACCUUGGGAAUCUAACAUUGUUGUUCUUAUGGCAUAAUAGGUUACAAGGUAAUAUACCUUCAUCUCUUUCUAAUUGUGAAAACCUUGAAGCUAUUGAUCUGUCACAAAAUGGAUUAACAGGUCCAAUACCGAAAGGGAUAUUCGAGCUCAAGAAUCUGAAUAAGCUUUUGCUUCUUUCUAAUAAUCUCUCUAGUAAAAUCCCUUCUCAAAUUGGGAAUUGUUCAUCUCUUAUUCGCUUUCGAGCCAAUAAUAACAACAUUACUGGUACCGUUCCUUCGGAGAUUGGAAAUCUUAAGAAUUUGAAUUUUCUUGACCUAGGGAGCAAUAGAAUAGAAGGGGUUAUACCGGAGAAAAUCUCCGGCUGCCGGAAUCUUACCUUUUUGGACUUGCAUUCCAAUUCCAUCGCCGGAAGUUUGCCGGAGAGUUUGAGUCAGCUUGUUUCUCUUCAAUUUCUUGAUGUCUCCGAUAACAUGAUCGAAGGUGUAUUAAGUCCUGCUCUCGGUUCUCUCGCUGCUCUCACCAAACUGAUUCUCAGGAAGAAUCGAAUCUCCGGUUCGAUUCCGAUGAAACUCGGUUCAUGUGUCAAGUUGCAGUUGCUGGACCUCAGCAGUAAUCAACUCUCCGGUGAAAUCCCCGGCAGCAUCGGAGACAUUCCGGCGCUGGAAAUAGCUUUGAAUCUGAGCACAAACCAACUCACCGGCGAGAUUCCUAGGGAGUUUUCAGAUUUAACGAAGCUCGGAGUACUUGACUUAUCUCACAAUGUUCUCGCCGGAAACCUAGAUUAUCUCGCCGGAUUGGAAAAUCUCGUGGUUCUCAAUAUCUCAAACAACAAAUUCUCCGGUCACAUUCCGAACACACCGUUCUUCGAGAAGCUUCCUAUGAACGUUCUCUCAGGGAAUCCUUCACUAUGCUUCGUCGGCAACCAGUGCAGCGGCGAUGGUGGUGGAAAAUCAGGUCGCCGUGCGAGGGAAGCGCGCGUGGUGAUGAUCGUUCUUCUUUGCGUCGCGUGUGUUUUACUCAUGGCGGCGCUGUAUGUUGUCGUCGCAGCAAAACGACGCGGGGACCAAGAAAACGACGUGGAGCUAAAUGGAAAAGACUGUGACGUGGACAUGGUCCCACCUUGGGAGGUGACACUGUACCAAAAACUCGAUCUGUCCAUAUCCGACGUGGUAAAAUGCGUCUCUGCGGGCAACAUUAUCGGCCACGGCCGAUCGGGCGUUGUUUAUAAAGCUACCAUGCCAGCAACGGGUUUAACCAUCGCGGUUAAAAAGUUUCGUACGUCAGAGAAAUUCUCAGCGUCGUCAUUUUCUUCAGAGAUUGCCACGCUAGCAAGAAUCCGACACCGAAAUAUUGUCCGGUUAUUAGGUUGGGGUGCAAACCGGAGGACAAAGUUACUGUUCUAUGAUUUUUUACCGAACGGUAAUUUGGAUGCAAUGUUACACGAGGGGUGUACGGGAUUAGCAGUCGAAUGGGAGACACGACUUAAGAUAGCUUUGGGUGUUGCCGAAGGUUUGGCUUAUUUGCACCACGAUUGUGUUCCUGCUAUAUUGCAUCGAGAUGUUAAGGCGCAAAAUAUUUUGUUGGGAGAUAGAUAUGAAGCGUGUUUGGCUGAUUUUGGAUUCGCUCGUUUUGUUGAAGAACCUCGCUCUUCAUUUUCCGUUAAUCCUCAAUUCGCAGGUUCUUACGGCUACAUUGCUCCCGAGUAUGCUUGUAUGCUUAAAAUAACAGAGAAAAGUGAUGUAUACAGCUUUGGUGUGGUACUACUAGAGAUAAUAACAGGGAAAAGACCAGUUGAUCCAUCAUUCCCAGAUGGAAUUCAUGUUAUUCAAUGGGUUAGGGAGCAUUUAAAGAGUAAGAAGGAUCCAAUUGAGGUCAUUGAUUCCAAGCUUCAAGGUCAUCCAGAUACACAAAUACAAGAGAUGUUACAAGCACUUGGUAUCGCUUUAUUGUGUACUAGUAAUCGAGCUGACGAUCGGCCCACCAUGAAGGAUGUCGCUGCAUUAUUGAGAGAAAUUCAACAUGACACUACAUCAGGUGCUGAACCCCACAAGCCUAAAAGAUCCGAAGCUUCGUCGUAUUCUUCUUCUUCGGUGACCCCAGCUCAAUUGUUGCUUCUACAAUCCAAUUCACAUUCCUCAUCUAUUUCCUAUUCCUCUUCCUCAGCCGCGGCAGCCUACCAUUCACCAAGGACGAGUUUGACAUAAAUAAAAAGCUAUUGAUUUCUGUAUUUUAGGACAUAGAUAAGAUGUUGUUUAGAUUUAUUUUGAUUGAUUAGAUUUUUAGUUGCAGUAAUUAACAUUUAGUGUAAUGUGAGCAUUGUAAAUGUGCUCUGCUUAUUCCGAUUUAUGACAAGAUAAGGCAAAGUGAAUUGAGUGUACAGCAGCUUAAUUAAUUCACAUGAUUUUGUUGUUUUUCUUA